CUCCUCCUCCUCACCUCCUCCCACUCCCUCUUCUGCAGUCUGCACCACACCACCGUUCCAGCGAGCGGAAGCGGAGUCCUGGUCGACUUCUCCGGCCAGCUCGAGGCGCCCUCGCCGCUUCACUCGACCGCCCCCCCCUCCCCCACCGCUUCUGCUAUGCCGCCGGCGCCAGCCGCCGUCGCGCCGGAGCCGCAGAAGCUUUCGCUGACGCCGACGCCGCCGACGCAGCAGUGCCGCCGGCCGCGCUCGCCGCUCGCCAACGGCUUGGCCGCCGGCGACUUCGAGCUGCGGCACUGGCGCACGCCCAAGAAGCGCGCGGCGCCGCAGUGGGCGCCACCGCCGGUGAUCGAGAUACCCAACGGCGGCGCCGGCAGCGACGGCGACGACAGCAACAGCAGCGGCGGCGGCGGGGGGCACGGGUACACCAGCCUCCGGGACAUCCUGUCGUCGCCGGAGUACGCCGCGGCGGGCGGCUCGCCCGGGGCCUGCGGCGGCGGCGGGUGCGGCAGCUGCGGGGACAUACACAUGAUCCGGCACCCGCUCGUGAAGCACGCGGCGUACGCGUACCUGCAGAUGACGCCGUCCGCGAGGGAGGACCCCGGCCGCCGCGGCCGCCGCUGGCGCGGCUCCCUCUGCCGCAUGCUGCUCGGCUGCCUCAGCUUCAUCGGGGCGCUCUUCCGGCCUUGAUGACUCGUCCGUCCGGACACACCCGUCCGUGCGUGCGCUUCGUGCUUGCGGUUUCUCUGUUCCUUCUUGUUCACUGCUCUUCCGGUUCUCGUGUGAUCAGAAUUUUUCUUAUUAGGAUGUUUCUCUUUACUUCGCGAUGGUUUUAUUAGGAUUUGUGGACUUCCGCUUGAGCUGAAAUUUGUGUAAAUAAUUUGCUAGGGUUAGGCAGAAAUGAAAGUUCAGAUCAUACUAGAAGGAAGAGAAAUGAGAAAUGAAUAAUGAUUACACUA